UCAGCUGAAGAGCGUAUUCGACCGCAACCGCAAAACAAACUCAAACUCGAGCUAAUCGCCGCAUAAAUUGCCCGUCGAAUUGAACAAUUGAACAUUCUCUGUUCGCAGCUCAAAUUGGAAAUAAGUCCAAAAUCGCCAGUGCGAGCGGUUAAAUAAUAUAUGUAUAAAAAUAAUAACAAAUAAACAGCUGUUUGCAUUUGCGUGUUUUGAAGAUUAUUUAAAUUGAAGCUACAAAAUGAGAUUGGUAAUUUUGGAGACCAGCGAUUCGGUUGGCAAGUGGGCGGCUAAAUAUGUGAUGAAACGGAUAAACGACUUCCAACCGAAUGCAGACAAAUACUUUGUUUUGGGUCUGCCCACGGGAUCCACUCCUCUGGGAAUGUACAAAGAAUUAAUUGAGUUCCACAAACAAGGAAAGGUAUCCUUUCAAUAUGUAAAAACCUUUAACAUGGAUGAGUAUGUGGGUCUACCCAGGGAUCACCACGAAAGCUAUCACUACUUCAUGUGGCACAACUUCUUCAAGCACAUCGAUAUUGAGCCCAAAAAUGUGCACAUUUUGGAUGGCAAUGCAGCCGAUCUGGUGGCCGAGUGCAACAAGUUCGAGGAUCAGAUCCGAGAAGCCGGAGGAGUGGAGCUCUUCAUUGGUGGCAUUGGACCCGAUGGGCACAUUGCCUUCAAUGAACCCGGAUCCUCGUUGGUUUCCAGAACCCGAGUGAAAACUUUGGCUCAAGAUACGCUCGAAGCGAAUGCCAGAUUCUUUGAUAAUGAUAUGAGCAAGGUGCCCAAGCAGGCUUUAACCGUGGGAGUUGGCACCGUGAUGGACUCCAAGGAGGUGAUGAUCCUCAUCACGGGUGCCCACAAGGCCUUCGCUCUUUACAAGGCCAUCGAGGAGGGAGUGAACCACAUGUGGACCGUCAGUGCCUUCCAGCAGCAUGCCAACACACUGAUGAUCUGCGACGAGGAUGCCACCUUGGAGCUGAGAGUUAAGACAGUGAAAUACUUUAAGGGCAUUCUCAGAGACCUCGACGAAGGUUCCCAACAGGAGGGCUACACUGAUUUUGCAGCCUAAUGGACGUCCAUUCCAAGUUGAUAGAGCAACAAAAGACAACGUAACCCCAGAUGAUUCAAAAAUACAUGUGGACUCUGAAACUCGAUACCAUCUGCCCUUCAGUAUAGUUAAUCAAAUCAAAAUUGAACGAACUUUUAUAUAAUAAAUGUAUUUUUAUAUGUUAAACUUUCGAAUUUAUACAUUUAUGUUGUUAAGGACUAUGUUGAAAAGAUUUCUCACUAAAUAAAUAUAUUGAUAUAUUAAAAAUUCAA